AUGAGGCCUGGCGACAAUGAGGUCGACGAGUUCGUCUUUAUAGGCUGCGACAAGGUCCGCUGCCGUAUCGUCACCGGCGAGUUUAAGCGCCGUCCUGGUGGAUUUCCUUAUGCGUCACGGCAAGAUUAUGCCCGAGCACGAGCCGGACCACGUCGACCUCUGCGUAAGAAGGGUGAGGGGACAGCUGCCGGUGCCCAUAACGUCGGACGAGCCGUAACGAGUGACGGUAGCGCCACGACGCAUAUAGGAGAGUUUAUGGCAGAUGGAUCAUCGAGGAGGAUCCUAGGGGUUGAGGAGGAAAAACUUUAUUAUGGAUUCGGUAAUUAG